UUAUGUAUUUCUGUACAUAUAAACAAAUGUACAUAAACAACAACCUUAUACAUGUAAAGUUUACAAUUGUGUUUAUAUCGAAUUUUUCUUCUUUCGCUAACAUCUGAGAUCAGUAUAACAAAAAGCAUCAUCACAGAUACAUUGUAUAGUGCCGAAGCGAUUACCAAAUAUAAAGUAAAGUCAUGGCCGAGGGUAUUAGCAGUGACUAUGCUGUGAUAGAAUUAUGGAAGGCGGUGAAAUCGAUCAAAAAGGAUGCACAAGACGUUUCUGUCAUCGAAGGAAAUAUCCCAAAAGUAGCGGAAAUGGUGAUGGAAUAUAUAUUAAAAAAUAUCAAUUAUUUUGUUCCAAUUAAUAAUAAUUUGGUACGUCCCAAAACAUAUCCGAUUGAUAACGACCCGAUGUCGGUGAACUGGCUAUUUGUGUUGCAUACAUUGAAUUUUUCACUCUGGUAUCCAAAAGGUACUAAGCAAUGGAAAGUUGAUGGUAAAAAGGGAUAUUUUGGAUUAUGCAAUGCUAUUAGACGAGCCAUUGAAGAUGGAAAACCUAUAUGGAAUCCUGAAUAUUACACAAAAAUGACAAAAAGUGAGUUAGAAUGUAUUUUACAAAGUGACGAUGGUGAACCUGAAAUUCCACUUAUAGAUGAAAGACUUAGGAUUUUACAUGAAGUUGGAGAAGUUUUGUUGCAGAAGUAUAAAGGAACUUUUAUGGAAUGUCUCAAAUUAUCCGAAUACGAUGCAGACAAAUUGAUGAAAUUACUUUCGAUGAAUUCGAGUCAUAUCGGGACGAAGUAA